AAGAAAAUGUUUGUAAGGUGGAGGAGGACGGGGUUUUCAGUGACCAGCACCUCGAUAACCUGGAGAGGAGCUGCAGCCCGGACCAGGAGGAACCAGGGAAUCCACAGACUACAGAACUGGAGGAAGACUCCAGCGGUCAGGAGAUGAAGCACGAGGACGUAGAGGUGGAUGUCUCAUUGGUCAAUGUCGCUGAUGUGAAAGUUGAAAAUGAUGAACCAGGACCAAACUGUGUCCAGCUGCUGUUGCACACUUCUCCUGAAGCUCAAAACAAAGAUGAGGAAGGGACUGAAAGUUUACGCUCAGACUCCAGUAAAACUGCAGAUCCGGAGCCAAUGAGACGACACAGUGACCCCGAAGAUGCUGCUGUCCCGUCAGACAGCAACUGUAAAUCAAAGCUGACCAGGACCCACACGGGGAAGAAGGUGUUUUCUUGCAGCACUUGCAGGAAAGAGUUCAGUAAACGUAAUAUUUUAGUGGAUCACAUGAAGAUCCACACUGGCGAAAGGCCAUACCUGUGCAACACCUGCGGAAAAUCGUUUAGACAAUCAUCAACGCUCAAGAACCAUAAAAUGAUCCACACGGGCGAGAAGCCGUACCUGUGCAACACCUGCGGAAAGUCGUUUAGAAACUCAGCAACGCUCAAGGACCAUACAAUGAUCCACAGGGGCGAGAAGCCCUACAUCUGCAAAACAUGUGGAAAAAGUUACAGACUACGUUCCACCCUGGUGGUUCACUCGAGGAUCCACACCGGUGAAAGGCCGUACCUGUGCAACACUUGUGGAAAAACCUUUACUAAUUUAUCGGAUCUUAAACGCCACAUAGACACGCACACGGGCAAGAAGCGGUAUUUGUGCAAGACGUGCAACAAAGGUUUUAGCCGCAGAAUUGGUUUGCUGAGUCACAUGAAAAAUCACCCGGAGGAGAAGUCUGGCGACUCGUGACAAAUGAAGCUCAUGUUGUUGUCCUCCGGGGGCAGCUGUCCACUCCUGUCUGACCCACAGAAGAAGAACCCGCAGAAGUCCAACCACCACCUCCUGUGGCUGAUGAGCCUAAUCCCCUCCCCACAAGGGUUGCAGGUUCAACCCGGAUUUAUGCUUCUCCGUCAACUUGACGCAGAGGGAACGAUGUGGUUGUGUACUUUUUUUAAAGUUCGGCAUUAAGUUUGUGUGAAUCCCUGUUCCUUCUUAAAAUCGUUAUUUGUUGCUGUUGGUAACUUGCCGUCUCCACGGUGCAAAUAAAGAGCUGUUAGUAUUUGCUGAAGUUUCUUUAAACGUGACAGUUUAUUUCGUUCAUCUACAAAGCCUCUCUCACAUGUCCUUUUUCCCAUCUGUUUCUUCUUCACUCACAUUCUCUUUGUAAAGUUAAUCUGCAGCUCCAUGUUGUUAAACUCUCUCCGUUCAGAGGUUAUAUAUUGUGAUGUUAUACAUAGUUUGCUGAAAACUGUAAAAGGCUCUAUACAUUUUAAAAUCUGAGCUGCGCGUACAUCAGAUUAUCGUGUAAUUCAUGGGACAAACUAAGUCAAAACAAUGUAAUUCAAAUGAUCCAUGCUGUGUUAUUGUAACUAUACAAGCUAAAGUUACAACAUAUU